GCCCUUGUGACGUUCCAUUCUCGCGGCGCGUCGUUUUGUUUUGUUGGAACGUACCACGAGCGACGGCGGGGGGGGGGGAGAGCUCGCAAUCCCAAAGUCCUAGAAGAGAGAAAAGAGUGAAGCCACCCCUGAAACGAGCUGCAUCGGUUAGGUAACAACCCCUCUAUCCUUACAUACAUCUCAGAGGAUGCGGCAGGAAGAAUAGCAUCGGCUUGCGUUAAAAGGCUAUAGAUCUCCCCCCCCCUUCCCAUUCACCUUUAGUUGGGCUGCUCCGAGGGUUAAGUUGUUCGGCCUGGGAAGCAUCAGCGGUUGGGGCAGGUGAGUCUCCAGUUCAUAUUCUCAAAGGGGGGGGGGUUGGGGGGACAGCUCGCCUCCCUCUUUCCGCGCUGUGAGCGGCGCGCGGCCCCUCGGCCUGCUGGUUGCCUUGGUAACCAACCGUCGCCACCCGCUCGCGCCGGUGGCUUCGUGGCCUUUGAUGGCGCCUUGAUACGCCACAAAACUGGUAAGGGGCGAGCAAUGCCGGAUUUACGUGUAAGCUGAACAAGCUAUAGAUUAGAGCCUCACUCUCUUGGGGGGCCCGAAAAAAAUUAGAGAGGGGGAAAAACUGGAUGUACGUUUCCAAAAUAUCACUGGUUUGAUAAUUACAGUGGUACCUCUGGUUAAGUACUUAAUUCGCUCUGGUCUGUUCUUAACCUGAAACUGUUCUUAACCUGAAGCACCAGUUUAGCUAAUGGGACCUCCCGCUGCCGCCGGAGCACGAUUUUUGUUUUUAUCCUGAAGCAAAGUUCUUAACCUGAAGCACUGUUUCUGGGUUAGCGGAGUCUGUAACCUGAAGCGUAUGUAACCUGAAGCGUAUGUAACCCGAGGUGUUGUUGUUUAGUCGUGUGCAACUCUUCGUGACCCCCUGGACCAGAGCACAUCAGGCACUCCUGUCUUCCACUGCCUCCCGCAGUUUGGUCAAACUCAUGCUGGUAGCUUUGAGAACACUGUCCAACCAUCUCGUCCUCCAUCUUUUCCUUCUCCUUGUGCCUCCAUCUUUCCCAGCAUCAGGGUCUUUUCCAGGAGUCUUCUUCUCAUGAGGUGGCCAAAGUAUUGGAGCCUCAGCUUCAGGAUCUGUCCUUCCAGUGAGCACUCAGGGCUGAUUUCCUUCAGAAUGGAGAGGUUUGAUCUUCUUGCAGUCCAUGGGACUCUCAAGAGUCUCCUCCAGCACCAUAAUUCAAAAGCAUCCAUUCUUUGGCGAUGAGCCUCCUUUAUGGUCCAGCUCUCACUUCCAUACAUCACUACUGGGAAAACCAGAGCUUUGGCGCCUUCCGACCUGAGGGGCUCAUCUUCCAGCGUAGUAACUUUUAUAUGCCUGUUGUCUUUGUCCAUGGAGUUUUCUUGGCAGGGAUACUGGAGUGGCUUGCCGGUUCCUGCUCCAGUUGGAUCACGUUUGGUCAAAACUCUCCACUAUGACCUGUCCAUCUUGGGUGCCCUGCACAGCUUCUCUGAGUUAUUCAAGCCCCUUCACCAUGGCAAGGCAGUGAUCCAUGAAGGGGAUAGGGUGCCUACAUUCUGCUAUUUAUAAUUAUUAGCAGUUUGCAUCAUAUAUUUACACCUCUUAUUAUUUCAUGUUAUAGCAAGCUUCUAAGAGACUAGAUUACGUGUCUUUGUAAAUUGCUUUUCUAAAGGAACUUUUGUUAUUGCCAAAUGCCAAUGUGCUUGCAAUAUUAAGUUUGUUAUGAAUAAAAAAAUCAUUUUAAGUUAGAGCUUAAUAAUUAUUUCACUAUUAAUAUACUUCUUCUUAAUUGUAUUUCACUAUUAAUAUACAGGGUGAGUCCUUUAAAAGAGGCCUCGUGGAUACAGAGUACACAUGUUCCGCGGGCCUCUUUUAAAAGACUCACCCUGUACUACUUAAUUGUAUUUCAGUUGAACAAUUACUUUGAUAAAAUACAUAUUUUGUUAUGUGCAAAUGGCUUUAGAUACCAGUUAGGUACAUAAAUUACCAUAUAGCUUAUAUUCAACACAAAAAACAGUGACAAUUUGUGGUUGACAAAGGACAGCUGGACAUAUAAAGGGCCCCAUUACCUUGAGUAGCUUAGGGCCCUAUCAAACCUAAAUCUGGCCCUGGACGGGUGGGUUAUUGUUCUGUUGUUUUGGUUUAAUUGUCUUAUCUUGUAUUUUAUUCUGAGGACCACCCUGAGAUCUUUUGAAGAAGGACAGUAUAUAAAUUUAAUAAAUAAAAAAAUAUGUAAAUGAAUAAAAAACUGAGCGCUUCUUUUUGGAUUGGGUUUAACUGCAUAUUAUGCAACAGCCCCACUGCCUCACAAGGUGGUUGUGUGUUGCCUCACAGAAGUUGUCAGGGUUCCGACCCGGUGAACCCUUGCUUAUAAAUAAUAGCUUCUUAAAACAGGACUGGAUUAAGACCUUUUGGAGGCUUUAAGCACUGAAAAGUUUAUGGUCUCUUUCAUACCCUCCAACAUUUCUCCCAUGAAAUUAGGGACACCCUAUUCAUAGUAAUAAUAAUAAUUAUUAUUAUUAUUAUUAUUAUUAUUAUUUUAUUUGUACCCUGCCCAUAUGCUUCUAACAUGUAUAAAAACUUCCCAAACAGGGCUGCCUUCAGAUGUCUUCUAAAGGUUGUAUUUCCUUUGCAUUGGGGUGAUAUAACUCCAUACCCUCCAAAAUGCCUCUGAUGAAAAUAGGGACGUCCAAAAUUUCUCCGAUGAAACUAGGGACAUCCUAAGGAAAAGCAAGCUAUUCCAGGAUCAAAUCAGAAACUGGGACUGUUGCUGGAAAAUAGGGGAACUCAGUGGGUCUGAAUGAUGUCAUGGGGAAGGGUCUGCUCUUUCCAUAUCAGAUUUGAAACAAAAAAAGAUAUUGUUGUUGUUGUCAUUUAGUCGUGUCCAACUCUUUGUGACCCCAUGGACCAGAGCACGCCAGGCACUCCUGUCUUCCACUGCCUCCCGCAGUUUGGUCAAACUCACUAUCCAACGAUCUCGUCCUCUGUCGUCCCCUUCUUGUUGUGCCCUCCAUCUUUCCCAACACCCGGGUCUUUUCCAGGGAGUCUUCUCUUCUCAUGAGGUGGCCAAAGUAUUGGAGUCUCAGCUUCAGGAUCUGUCCUUCCAGUGAGCACUCAGGGCUGAUUUCCUUCAGAAUGGAUAUUUUUGAUCUUCUUGCAGUCCAUGGGACUCUCAAGAGUCUCCUCCAGCACCAUAAUUCAAAAGCAUCAAUUCUUCGGCGAUGAGCCGCCUUUAUGAUCCAGCUCUCACUUCCAAACAAAAAAAAGAUAUUACUAAGCUGUAAAAUGUUGCUUUUCAAAAUGACGCAGAACUUCUAUGUGUGCUGCAAUGUGCAUGUGUGUAUGGCAUGUGCAACACAUGAAAGGAUCUAAUUUCCUCGUAUAUAUUUAAAUAUAUGUUAGUUAGUACGCCCCCUGGUUUAGAUAAGUAAUAAAAAGGGAACAGAGAAAUUGGGGAAGAGUGUAAUGGAGAGUAAGGAAGUCUAACAAAGCUCUGAUUUCCCCCAUAAUGACAGAUUUAAGGGUUUAAAAAAAUAAUAUUCUUUCAAAAAUGCCUACGUGGGUUUUUUGGGUGGAGGGCUGUGUUGCUUGUGCCCUAAGCACAUGCCUAUUGAGUAAUUUAGCACUGUACUUAAAUGGCACCUCUUAAGAACUCACAAUUAUAAUUAAUUACAUUUAUAUCCCACCUUUCCUCUGAGUUUCUUAAGGUGUAUGUGGUUCUCCUCUGCCAUUUUAUCUAUACAACAGCUAGUGAGGUAAGGUAGGCUGAGAGUUAGUGAUUGUCCUAAAGUCACCCAGUGAACUUAAUGACUGAGCAGAGAUUUGAAUCCUGGUUUCCCACUUACUCUGGCAACCUUGCUUUAAUCAUGCACUAUGUUAUUUGUUUUUACAACAAUCUUGCCAAGUAGCUCAGUAUAGCUUCUCAAGUUGUCAGAUCACAACCUAGUGCGUGUACUUUACUUGACCUGCUGACCUGCGAAAGAUAAGCAGAUUAAUUUUUUCCUGGCAUGCAGAUGAAAUGAUAGGCAGAGCUUCUGCUUGAGUUCUCUGCAUGCUUGACUGCUUUUAAAGGGCUCAGGCAGCGAUGUGGCGUUAAACAUUUUCCAUAAUGGAACAUUUGCUGCUCCUGUAUUUUCCAUAGAAAAAUGGUCAUUCCUAAAAUGCAUUGUUACAUAAAUUAGUUACCGGUACAUAGGAUUGUAUACAGCGUUGCACAGGCAGUGCUGAACCUUCCAAAAUUCCCUCUUCUGCACAUCUCUAAAAAAUACAAAAGUUCUGUUAUCUGUUAUCCUACAAGACUCCUUCCCUAGGCAACUGUUCACAUGACUGUUCAGGCUAGUUCAGGGAGGAUGGUAUGCACAAGCUUGUUUCACAGGAUUAAUCUGUGCUUCUUUUAAUUCUACUUAGGUUUUUGUAUGAACUUAGAAAUGUUGAUCAAAAGUCCAGGGUAUUUCUCCCACGCCUUCUGGGACUCAAGCAAUGGUUUCUUAUUUAGCAACACUCAAUUUUAAUAUUAAACCAGGAACAGAUAGCAAGCCUACAGCCUGGCUAUAUCUGUGUCUUUUCUGAUAUUUUAAAAAUCAGAUUAAAAUAUAUGAAGCAUGGAUUAAAAGGAUGAAGGAAAAUAAGCUAUUUUUCAAUGCUGUUUCUCAUUAUAAUAAAACCUCUGAAUUGUUAACAAAAAUAAUCUAAGCUUACUAGCAGAAGUGUUGCUCAAUGAUCACCGAGGAAUCGCCGCAAUGAAAUUCAGCUUAUUCAGGGGCAUUUCCAAACUGAAGCCACACAUGAAACCACUAGAGGGCAAUCUGGACACGUGCUUGAAGUCAGCUGCUAUUUGACAUCAAGGUCUACCUUUAAGUCACACUUGAAGCACGUUUCCCCCCUCAAAAGAAUUCUGGACAUUGUAAUUUGGUCAAGGAUUUCUGGGGAUUGUAACAUUGUGAGGGGUAAACUACAGUGUCCAUAAUUCUCUGAGGGAAAGAGAGUUUGGAGUUGGAAUUCCACUGUUGAUGUGGAAGAAAGACGACAAAACAAAUCUGUGUUGCCAUUUUGUUCUUUGUGUUACACUGAUAAUUUGAUUUCCUUGCAGAGGAAGAAAAUGAAUCAAGUGUUUUUAUUCUCCUUCACCACAAAAAUCCCCCUCUUCUCCCAUUUGCACAAUUGUUUUAUCCCAGGCUUGUUAUUUUCAUUUAAAACCAGCUCAGUUCACUUUCAUAGCUUGACACUUUGCUGUUGGGUAUUCCUACCCUCCAUAAAUAUUGCCAUUCUCUGUUUUGGUUGCACUGCUUUUUAAAUGGGAGGGCAGCUUAUCUAUUUUCCUUUGCAAAAGCCAGGAUGAACUGCCGUUCAGAGGUACUGGAGAUAUCAGUGGAGGGACGCCAGAUUGAAGAAGCGAUGCUUGCUGUUUUGCACACCAUAUUGCUUCAUCGCAGCACAGGAAAGUUCCACUACAAGAAGGAAGGGACCUACUCCAUUGGGACAGUCGGCACACAAGAUGUUGACUGUGACUUCAUUGAUUUUACCUAUGUUAGAGUUACUUCCGAUGAGCUUGACCGGGCCUUGAGAAAAGCUGUUGGGGAAUUCAAGGUAAAGCUUGCUAUUACUCACUGUUUAUUUUUUAAGUACAUGAGACUGCCCAUGAAGAUGGUUCAAAAACUUCAAUUUUUCCAAAAUGCAAUUGAGCCACCAAGGUUUGGGCAGUGACCAAGAGAAUGGAACAUGUGACGCUAGUCCUUUGCCACCUUCACUGGUGACCAAGUUCUUUCCAGUCUCAUUUCCCUAAAUAGCCUGCUACUGGAUAGUUUGCAAAAUCACCUCGUCCCAUAUAAAUUUGCCCAAGAAUUCCAUUCCUUUUCUGUGUCCAGCAAGUCUUUUUUGCAGUUGUCCCCAGGUCUGCAUGGAAUCCUUCUCCACAUAUCUUAACAAGUGUUUUGUACAGCAUGGCUGGGUGAUAGUUGUGACCUUUUUAAAUAAGGGGAUUUAGGACACCAAAGACUUCUGUCUCCAGUUUUAUAAGCACAUUGUUUUGCUCAACUGUUCAGUGGAAUUGGGUUAGAUUUCUAUCAUACAAAUCCCACAUACUAUCAAUUAAUGUACAUAAUUUGGAAGACAUAUUUUUUAAUCUGCAUUCUGGUAACUUAGCAGUAGGAUGUUUAAAUUUGAAAUUUGGUAAUAUAUGAGAAAGUAAAAUGGAUGCCAGGCACAGUGAAUGACAAUGCCCAUGUAGGGCUGAAGGGAAAGAACUGGAAUGAAUGUAGAAAGAGAGGGUCUUGUAUAGUGUAAAACCAUCCAGCCGAUUGAUGACUGGAAGCAGAGUUAACUCCUUUUAGCAAAUAUUGCCUUGAGCAAUCCUCAGUCUUGGGAGUCAAGAAAACGUGCUUGAUCUUCAGAGUUCUGAAAAGCUUUCGGAUUGUAUGAAAUUUUGGCCAUACAACUGUCUAUCCACCUUGAAUGUGUGGAUGCACAGCAUGAUUCUUGGUACAGGGAGCAGUGAUUUCUAUAUGUUGUGAAGGUCUUUGGGAAUCAGCAUUUUAAAAUGUUCAUUGGUGGUUCUGUAUUCCCAGGAUGCACUGCGGAACUCGGGCAAUGAUGGGAUGGGCCAGAUCUCGCUGGAGUUCUACCAGAAGAAGAAAUCACGCUGGCCAUUCUCUGACGAGUGUAUCCCAUGGGAAGUGUGGACGGUCAAAGUGAACGUGGUGAGCCUGGCUAAUGAGCAGGAGCGGCAGAUCUGUCGUGAGAAGGUUGGUGAGAAGCUCUGUGAGAAGAUCAUCAACAUUGUAGAAGUGAUGAACCGACAUGAGUACCUGCCCAAGAUGCCCACCCAGUCCGAGGUGGACAAUGUCUUUGAUACGGGGCUGCGGGAUGUCCAGCCCUACCUGUACAAGAUUGCUUACCAGAUCACUGACUCACUUGGAACCUCGGUCACUACAACCAUGCGGCGCCUCAUCAAGGAUACCCUGGCACUCUGAUCUCCAUGAGACUGUAGACCUGACAUUAUUGAGAGGCAACAUGAGCAACUGGCUUUCUGUCCAAAAGCACCAAAUACAUAUUUUCUCCCAGAAAAUCUGGGAGUCUUGAUAUCCAGGUGCCCUGUUCUAAUUUAUUAAUUUCCAAGUAUCUCUGGGCAAAGACAGAACCAGCCCUGACUCCUGGGUUCAGUACACCAGUUUACGUGGAACCCAGACUCUCACAGCAGAAAAGGAAACCAGGAUUCUUCCUUCAGCUCCCUUUUCUGUUAGACUUAGCUCUACAAGCUUAGAAGGUGUGCCUCUUCAUGGGAGAAAAUAGUGUGUAUUUUUUCGUGAGCAUUUCCCUAAUAUAGGACAGGUGAUAACUCCAAGCUUGGUUCUCUCCAUGACCAGAUGCCUUUAUUUAUUAACUGUAGAGUCUUUCGUUAAUGGAAAUCUGCCAGAGCUGGGGUUACUUAUCUUGGCAAAAUGGGUGCCUUUCAUCCUGAUAAACCACUCCUUCUCCUUGACCCUCCUCUGACUUUAGGAUAAUUGAAUAAGAUUAUAAGUCUCCCUGUCUUGUUCAUGUCGGUUAGGGCAGUAGAGGGCCGCAGACUCAUUUUUUUCCUUGUGAGUCCUGGUUGCAAAGAAGAGCUAAGUCCAAAAGACCUGUUCAAAGGGCUGUCUUUAACUUGCCAAUCUAGUCCUCAUCAACCCCACAGUUGUAAUUUCUCAGUAGAGUUUGGAAGUCAGGCACUUGCAUUUCUAAAAAUAAGGAUCUUCAAUUACUUGUAUUUGUUUUUCCAGUGUAACGUAAAUGUAUAAUAGUCUGAGAAUUAAAAUUAGAAAACCCAAA